GGCAGGGAUUUCACCGAAAUGAAAGUGGAAGCAAACAGCCUGCGAGCAAAACCAUUUCAGGUCCUGCUGAGGCUGGGAGAGACCAAAACCCUUCAGAAGGUACAAACAGGAGUUCAGCUGUGGUGGAUUCUGCCACUGUGCCCAGCUCUGAAGCCUCAGCUCUUGCCGAACAGACCGGAGACCCAUGUCAGCCCCGAGGGAUGGCGCCCUCCAUGCCCUUCUGGAAGAGCAGGCCAGACUCAAGAUGAGGCUGCAGGAGCUGCAGCAGCAGAGAAAGGAGCUCGGGGACUCCCCCAAAGACAAGGUCUUAUUUUCAGUGCCGAAGAUCCCCUUGGUAUUCCGAGGACACACCCAGCAGGAUGGGGAAAUGCCUAAGAAGUCUUUAGUUUCCAAUUUGAGGAUCCACUGCCCUCUGCCUGCAGGCUCUGCUCUGGUCACCUUCGAUGACCCCAAAGUGGCUGAGCAGGUGCUGCAACAAAAGGAGCACACGAUCGACAUGGAGGAGUGCCGGCUGCGGGUGCAGGUCCAGCCCUUGGAGCUGCCCAUGGUCACCACCAUCCAGGUGUCCAGCCAGAUGAGGAGCCAGAGGGUGUUGGUCAGUGGAUUUCCUGCCAACCUCAGUCUGAGUGAGGAGGAGCUGUUGGACAAGCUGGAGAUCUUCUUUGGCAAGACUAAGAACGGGGGUGGCGACGUGGAGGUUCGGGAGCUGCUGCAAGGGAGUGUCAUGCUGGACUUUGCUAAGGAUGGAGUGGCCCAGCGCCUGUGCCAGAUUGGCCAAUUCAGAGUGCCACUGGGUGGGCAGGAAGUCCCUCUGAGAGUCUCUCCCUGCAUGAAUGGGGAGAUCCAGAAGGCUGAGAUCAGCUCACAGCCAGUGUCCCGCUCUGUGCUGGUUCUCAACAUUCCUGAUGUCCUGGAUGGCCCGGAGCUGCAUGACGUCCUGGAGAUCCACUUCCAGAAGCCCACGCGGGGGGGCGGGGAGGUAGAAGCCCUGACAGUCAUACCCCAAGGACAGCAGGGCCUAGCAGUCUUCACUUCAGAGUCAGGCUAGGGCCUCCCUUCUCAUCCUCCCUGCCCCGUCCCAAGGUUCUCAUGCCGGGCUGGACUUGGGUGCCCAUGUAGGAGGUCUUUACGUUCACCAACAUUGGGGAGGGAUUCCACAUUGUGAAACACUGCCAAGAACAGUAAAAAGAGCCAGCAUGGCAUGA